AUGCAAGACCUCUCCGGACCAGUUGGUGGUGGCCCUAGCGGUGCCCCUGGUAACCGCUUCCCCGGCCAUGCCUCGAAGCCCUCGAACAGUGAUACUGGCUUCUCUCACGGUGCAUUUGCGUCCAACAUCCCAGGGUUCGGUGAACGGCACCCGCGCCGUGCCAAUGUCCCUUCCAUCAACACCCAGCCUUUUCCUCAGUUCCAGAACCAUCCUGCCUUCCAGCAGGCCCAGCAGAACAAUGCCCAGCAGCAGAAUGGAGUGGGCAGCCCCCAGAGCGCCUUGUUUCGGGGACGAGCCGCACCGUCUACCUCGGGAACAUCCCCCGACACUCCCGCCGAGGAGAUCUUGGGCCACGUUAGAAGUGGCCAGAUCGAAUCUGUCCGCCUUCUUCCGGAUAAGAACUGCGCCUUCAUCUCCUUCCUUGAUGCAAGCUCCGCAACCCACUUCCACUCCGAUGCCAUCUUGAAAAAGCUCUGCAUCAAGGGCCAGGACAUCAAGGUGGGCUGGGGCAAGCCCUCGCAGGUUCCCACCUCUGUUGCUCUCGCCGUGCAGCAGUCGGGCGCGUCUCGUAACGUGUACCUUGGCAACCUCUCUGAAGAAGUGACGGAGGAGGAGAUCCGCGAGGAUCUUGGCAAAUUUGGGCCCAUCGACACGAUCAAGCUCGUAAAGGAGAAGAACAUCGCCUUCAUCCAUUUCCUCUCCAUUUCCAAUGCUAUCAAGGCCGUCUCUCAGCUCCCCCAGGAGCCCAAGUGGCAGGCUCCUCGACGGGUUUAUUACGGCAAGGAUCGAUGCGCUUACGUCUCCAAGACACAGCAGCAGAAUGCGGCCCAAUACCUCGGGAUUGCCCCUGGACAUGCCCACAUGCUGACCGGCGCCGACCGCGAAAUGAUUUCGAAUGCCCUGGCUCAGCAGUCCGUUGCCGCCGCCGCCGUUGCUACCGCCGCCGGUGGUAUCAACAACCUCGGCAACCGUACCAUCUAUCUCGGAAACAUCCAUCCCGAGACCACGGUCGAGGAAAUCUGCAACGUAGUCAGGGGUGGGCUUCUUCACCAUAUUCGAUACAUCCCCGAUAAGCACAUCUGCUUCGUCACCUUUAUUGACCCAACGGCUGCCGCCUCCUUCUACGCCCUCAGCAAUCUUCAAGGUCUGAUGAUUCAUAACCGACGCCUUAAGAUCGGCUGGGGAAAGCACUCUGGUGCCCUUCCUCCUGCCAUCGCCCUAGCUGUCAGCGGCGGCGCCUCCCGUAACGUGUACAUUGGCAACUUGGACGAGUCAUGGACUGAGGAGCGCCUUCGCCAAGAUUUCUCCGAAUACGGCGAGAUUGAGCUUGUCAACGCUUUGAGGGAGAAGAGCUGUGCCUUUGUCAACUUCACUAACAUUGCAAACGCGAUCAAGGCCAUCGAGGCCGUCCGCAGCAAGGAGGAAUACCGCAAAUUCAAGUCUCCCAUGAACGAGAGCAUCCCCUCGCCUCCCGCUCCCAGCUCCCAGAACGGCGGCUCACCGACCAACUCAUCGUCCCCUCAACCUGCCCUCUUUAACUCGGGCUCCAACCCCUUGACCAUGUAUCUCAGCCACAUCGCCCACCAGGCCCAGCACCAGCAGAGCCAGCAGCAUCAAGUCUUGGCUGCUCAGCAGGCUGCGCUUUUGGAACCGCUCAAUCAUCACCCAACGAAGUGUCCAUCGAAGUCUCCCAACAAGGGCCGAUCUCGGGCCAUCAGCAAUCGGCUAGCCCCCGGCCCUCGUGGCCAGCACAACCGUGCCGUGAGCCUGCCAGUCCUCGCGCCCGAUUUCCAAAAUGGCGGUACCAGCCCCAACAGCGUGGCCGGCAAUGGUCCUGGCGAGGGUGAACGACGCGGACAUCAAUACCAGGCUAGCUACGGCGGCAUGGGUUCCGGUUUCGGCCUUGCCAUCCAGGGAGGACUAAACGGAUGGGUCGAGGAAGAGGUUGCCCACUAA